UUCCUCGCCAUCUUGACAUGAACAUAAACAUUGAUGCCCUCUUCUCAGUUAUUCUGCCAUUAUUUCUCAACACUGAACAAUCGAAAGUAUUUUACAAAACCACCGUUAAUACUUUAUUGCUGCGGCGAGAAAACAAGAAGUUGAUGUUUAGACGAUCAUUUCGCACUGUCAAUAUAAUGUGUGUUUCAUGAGCACUUGUGCAGAAGGAUGGGAGACCUGGGAGGACCCUGGUCUGCAGACUGAGGGAGAGAGAGAGAGAGAGUAGGUUUCAGUGGAAAUGGACCAGGACUAUGAAAGACGCCUGUUAAGGCAAAUCAACCACCAGAACGUUCCAGAGGGCCACCCGUCCAAAUCAGGGUAUGCAACGUGCAGCCAGGUUACUGUCAAAUCAGGAGACAGAUUUAUCCCCACACGUGCCGGGAGCAACUGGUGCAUAAACUUCCACUAUGCCAAUGAGAACUGUUGGUCGCCUAAUCAGAAUCAUCGGUCGAAGGAUGCUGGUACAGACACAGGGAAAGAUGCUGUGGCAUAUGCCGCACUGCUGAGGAACGAACUUUUGGGAGCAGGAAUCGAAACUGUGCCUGAUCCUCACACCGAUGAACGCUGGCACACCAUCCUCAAAUACGACACGCACAGCCUCUUCAGGUACACCAUCCACACAAAUAAAGUGCCUUUUGACAAUGAAAUCUCCCCAUAUUCCCUCUCUCCUCUCAGUAACAAAAGUCACAAAUUGUUGCGUUCGCCUCGAAAGCCAGCACGCAAGAUUUCCAAGAUCCCAUUCAAGGUUCUUGAUGCACCAGAGUUGCAGGAUGACUUCUAUCUUAACCUGGUGGACUGGUCUGCUGGAAAUAUCUUGAGUGUUGGUUUAGGAGCCUGUGUUUACCUGUGGAGUGCCUGCACCAGUCAGGUGACAAGGUUGUGUGACUUGUCAGUAGAUGGAGACUCUGUCACGUCAGUCUGUUGGAAUGACAGGGGAAGUUUGGUGGCUGUAGGGACCCAUAAGGGAUUUGUACAGAUUUGGGAUGCAGCUGGAGGGAGGAAGCUGACCAGUCUGGAGGGACAUUCAGCACGUGUAGGAGCGCUUGCGUGGAACGGGGAGCAGCUGUCAUCGGGUAGCCGGGACAGAGUAAUACUGCAGAGGGAUGUGAGGACGCCUCCCCCUGUGGAGAGACGCCUCCAGGGUCACAGGCAGGAAGUGUGUGGCCUCAAGUGGUCACCUGACCACCAGCACCUUGCCUCUGGAGGAAAUGAUAACAAGUUACUGGUGUGGAACAGCUCCAGUCUACUGCCUGUGCAGCAGUACAGCGAUCACCUGGCAGCAGUGAAGGCCAUCGCUUGGUCUCCUCACCAGCACGGCCUUCUGGCCUCCGGAGGGGGAACCGCUGACCGCUGCCUCCGUUUCUGGAACACACUGACUGGCCAGGCACUACAGAGUACCGACACCGGCUCACAGGUCUGCAACCUGGCCUGGUCCAAACACGCCAAUGAACUGGUUAGCACACACGGCUACUCCCAGAACCAGAUCCUGGUGUGGAAAUACCCAUCACUUACCCAGGUGGCCAAGCUCACAGGACAUUCAUACCGAGUGCUCUACUUGGCGGUGUCUCCAGAUGGUGAAGCCAUCGUUACAGGAGCAGGAGACGAGACACUGAGGUUCUGGAAUGUCUUCAGCAAAACGCGCUGCACCAAGGAAUCCAAAUCAGUGUUGAACCUAUUCACCAGGAUACGAUAAUUAGCAGCUGGUGCAGACUCCAUCCAAUCACGUGAAUGAAAUGAAAGCCUUGGACUCUGUUCUGUGUCCGUGCAUCAGACUCUAGAGUCUCCAAAAGAGACAGACCCCAGCACUUCCUCCACCUACACUUUUUUUUUUAAUAAGAUUCCCAUUUCAACCACACAUAUACCUGAUGAGUUAGGACUCGUUGUUUACAUCAAGAUUCAGUCAGUUCUUCUUAUUACUGUACAUUGUGGAUGUCCAAACAGAUGUGCUAUUGUAUAAGUAGAAUUAUUAAUAAAGAAAUGAAUCUAUAUGACCUAUAUUGUCAUUAUCGUGACUCUGAGUCAUGAGGUUAUACAGAAAUGGCUUAUGAACAUUUCAAUAUUUUAUAUGUGUGUAUCAAAACAGAUCAUGAUAUCUGUGAGAAAUAAAUGCACUUAAACACUAAUCAUAUCUCUUUUUUAUAAGAGUAGCUUAAAAGGAUUUAUUUACUGUACAGUAUAAUGAUUAUUCUUGGUUUAUUCUAGCAAUACGGUAUUUGAAUUUGAGAAUUAUUCGAGAUUUAAAGUCUGCAAACUUGCACAUUGCCAGACCCACACAGAAUCUCUGCCUGCAAAACUUGCAGAAUUUGAAUGCCUGUCAUCAAUCAAAUAAAUAAAAAAAAAACAUCGCUC